GAACGCCUCAGAAAAAGCGACACCCACAUCCACAUCUACAGGUCGAUACUGCAGGGCAACCACGGCCUCAUUUUAAAUAUCUGUCGUAUUCGUGUGCGUUCCGAACCCCUCUGCAGAAGCCGCGAAAACUAGAGGGGUAUUAUUCAUCGUGCCAAAAGUAAACAUACACCUAUCGCAUCGAUGCCAGACCAGACAUCAUGCCCUAUACCCGAGGUCGAUCAAGCAUUGUCAUCCUACAUCGGUUCUCGCAAAGACACACUCAGGAUUCGACGGGCACUCUCAAAGUAUCUCACCGCUAGUCUCCGACCUGUCAACUCUGCAACUCAAAAUCAGCAUGUGAACCACGAGUGCCCGCUGGGUCUGUCAGCCGCCGGCACCAAUCCUCCUGGUCUGAAAGACACACGCUUAGCAUAUCUGCAUGCUCUGCGAGCUCGGAACCAAGCACAGACGCGUCAUACUGAGCUUCAAGCUUCUUUGGAGGACUUGCAGCAACGGCAUAUUGAUGAGAAUCCUACCCAUGUCGAAUCUGAAUUCGACGAUGAAGCUGCACAAGGCUACGUUUCUCUCCUUCGACAACGCCGGCGCUUUGCGGAACUCCAGGUUAUCCAGGAUGCCCUAGAGAGACUGUUGAACGCAAAGUCAACAGAUGCUCCAAAUGACCCAAGAACUCUCGUCGCCAACACCAUCGGCGAACAACCCGAUUUGCCAGCAGAAAGACUCGAGCAACUGUCACAACCCCAGGACAACCAAACCUGGGUAUUCAAGUUGAAACAACAGGUUCUCGAAGCAAGAGUCGAGAUGGAUGGAGCGAAUGCUGCAAAGAAGAAAGUCCAGGACGAGUCGCCCGAGCAAUCUAAUUUGCAGGCGCAGGUUUACGCUUUGGAGCGCGCACGAGAUGAGCUUGCUGAAUGGGUGAGUGGGGAACUUGCCAAGAUGGAAGAGGAGACAGUGUUCCUGGAAGAUGCUUCACCGAUCAAACGCUCUAUAAACAGUCCUUCUCCUAUGGACAUAGCUACAGCAGAAGAGCACAUCCAAAGCUCAUAUGAUCAGUACACCUCUUCUCGAGCAACGUUGCUCGACUCAUACACUUCCUUUCAGCAAACCCCGGAAGCGCCAAAGGACAAACCAAACGAUCCCCAGAGCGUCGCCACCAAUCCCCCCGAAGCCAAAGGAAACGUCAUGCCCAUCACCAAGAUAUUUCCGCAUCUUCCGCACAUCGCACGCUCUGCAGUAAACGAGCGCUCUCUUCUCCAGCAAUCUGUCUACCUACAGGCUCAGAUGUCCGCUGCAGACCAAGAGAUUGAGGAAGCUCUACUACGGCUUUCUGGUGAGAGUCACCUGCUUCCAGCAGGCUCUAAGAAUGUCAGCGCGUGGAGUAAGACGGCUAUGGGGGCUGAGACGGCGACGGAGAGUUUUGUCAAAGAGCAGUUGCAGGAUAGCCGGCAGGAAGUAAGUAGCAUAAGCACGAUUGUUGAGCUUUGCUCGAUGCACAGCAAGGUGCUUGCCUCUGUAUAGGUCGCGGUUGGGCUACAGGGAGGAGAUACAAUGGAUUUCCUGUGAGAAUGUGAAAUUAUUGGAAUGAUGGUGGUCAGAUUGCUGUGUAUGUUUCUCUAUCUUUCUAUGAACGGAAAAUUCCAAAUCGAGGCUUUCAUCAAUGUCAUGUUACUAGACACAUUCAUGUGCAUUCGCUUUAGACAUGUUAUGUUGCAAGGCUAAUUUGCUGUAUUGAAUUCAUG